AUGUUUACUUCACUACUUCCCUUUCUUCUCCUCUCUGCCCAAGCGCUGGCCCAGAUUCCCGAGGCCUUCACUAAAGGGUUUGACCCAGAGACCAUCGAGCUCGUCGUAAGAUACCCAGACUCCGGCAAGAUCCAAGACGGCGAAACCCUCUCUGUAAAUGAAACCUCAAUCCUCCCCGAGUUCGCUCUUGGCGACUCCUCGGCCAUCAGCACAUCCACAAACUACAUAGUCGUCAUGCUGGAUCCUGACACCACGCCCGACCCAUCCACGCAGGUGUUGCACUACCUCCGGACCGACUUUGCCGUUGAGGAGUUCACGAAGCUGUCGUCCGCGAGCAGUGCGGUGCCUGUGCCAUAUCUGGGGCCGGUCGGGGAGGAUGUCAAGACGCACAGGUAUGUGUUUUUGCUGUAUGUGCAGCCGGACGGAUAUGAAGGGAAACUGGUCCCGAGCGCCGACGGAGAUCGGAGCUUUAAUGUUUCGGCGUGGAGAAUCGAGAACCAGAUGAAGCCAGCUGUAGCCGGAGUACAUUUCGUCUGUCAGCCAGACGGUGGGGAGGGCGAUGUUGGUGGGGGCGACGGCGCUGAGAGCACUACUACAUGCUCCGAGGGAGCGUCAAUGACCAGCAGCGCGGCUUUGACCUCGAUGCCCGCCCCAACAACCACCUCGACCCCAGAUGAAGGGGGCGAGGAAGGUAUCUUGACUGACACCGUCGCCCCUCCCGAGGCUACGUCUUCUGCGGCCGCCACUGCCACAGGUACAUCCCCCUCGACCCCUGCAACCACCCACACCGUCCUCGUUGGUGGCCCCGGAGAUCUCCUCCUCACCUACCAGCCCCCAUUCGUCAACGCCCUCCCGGGCGACCUCAUCACCUUCGACUUCCGCGAGAAGAACCACACCGUGACACAAUCCACCUUCGACACCCCCUGCGUCUCCAACCCCUCCGGCGUCAAGUCCGGCUUCCGCCCCAACGCCGAGGGCACCGCGGGCAAGGAGAUCUUUGAGUACCAGGUCGUCGACACGGCGCCGAAAUGGUUCUACUGCGCGCAGGGAACGCACUGCAAGGCGGGCAUGGUGUUUGCGGUCAACCCGGGCGCAAAGUGGGAGGCCUUUGUGGAGAAGGCAAAGGCGGGCGGGACAGCGCCUGCUCCUUCUGCUUCUGCGUCUGCCUCUGCGUCUGCCUCUGCGUCUGCGUCUGCGUCUGCUUCUGCGUCUACUUCUGCGUCUAGAUCUGCUACUACUUCGGCGGGUGUGAUCGCUACCUCUACCUCUACCUCUACGGCUACAGCUACGGCCUCGGCUACACAGAGUGGUGGUGCGGCGGUGCCGAGCGCGAAUGCGACGGCGCCCGGUGACGGAGCUCCGCCGGCGUUUGAAGGUGCGGCUUCGGCGGGGGCGGUGGUGAGUUGGGUUCUGUUGGGGCUGGCGGGGGUGGCAGCGCUCGUUAUGUAG